ACUUGCUUACUUAAAUCGUCCGAGAUAGGCAAUUGUUGUUGUGUUCAAGUUGAAGUUUAGAAAAUAGUGCCGUUGAUCUGCCGUUUUAAAAGUGUUCAAUAUGGAAAAAAAUUGGCUAAAUAAUGUGCUUUCUAAUUUGUGUACAACUCGUGCAGAUAUUUUUGGAGAAAAAUCCGCCUAUCUGGAAUUUGAAUCCGACGAGUCAAACAAAAACGAAUCACCUCUAGAUGGAUGCAACUCAAAUCGAUUCUACGGCAAGAUUAUUUACAAAGAUAAACACGGAAAUGUUCGUGAAUCCGAAUCAAUUAUUAUUAAACGUGCACUAAAAAUAUGGGAUAAGAAAAUCACCACCUCAUUUUCUUUUAUCAAUGAGAUGAAUUUUUAUACGAAAGUUGCGCCAGCAUUGAGUACUCUAGACGUCGCAUUCUCUUCCUUGGUUCCAAAAUUUUAUCACGGUGAAGUGAUAUUCAACGCAGAAUGUGAUCAAUCGACGAUAAUUUUGGAGAACUUAAAAUCAAGAGGUUAUACAAUGGCGGAGAAAAAAUCAUUCCUCAGUCAUCAACAUUUAAAAUUAAUGAUGCGUAAACUCGGACAGUUCCACGCUUACUCUUACAAAGCUAAAAAAUCUAUUCCCAAUUUAUUUUAUCCAUUGGCUAACAAUUCUUUAGACAGUAAUCGAGAACUGAACAAGGAAUCUUUUGGCAUUCUGGCAAUUGUUGCACAGCGUGGAUUAGAAUGUUUGCAGCAAGAUGCAACGUACAUGAAAUAUAUUCCCAGACUACGCGAAAUUUUGGAUAACUCUCACGAUGUAUUUGUAAGAAUUUUAACAGGUGAUAGAUCUAAUCCAAUAUCGACUAUUGUUCACGGUGAUUAUUUAAGAAACAACGUGAUGUUCAAAUAUGACGAAAAUGGUAUUCCUAAUGACCUAAUCAUGGUAGACAUGGCAACGUUUCGUUAUGGUUCUCCUGUCAUUGAUUUGGCUAUAGUUUUGUACAUGAAUGCUGAUCAGGAUACCAGAAACAUGUACUGGGAUUCUUUAAUAGACGAAUAUUAUACCGCGUUAAAAGAAACUUUCGUUGAAAGCGAAAUUCCCAGUAAAACUGAAAUACUAGCAGAAUUUAUUGAUAAAUCUAUUUAUGGGUAUUUGAUCGCUGCGGAUUUCUUGGCUUAUCUAAUGGCUGAUGAUGACGACGAUUCACCUCUUGUCGAUGUUCUUGAUAUGCAUCCAGAAAAUAUGACUGUAGAAAGUGUCAUUGAACGCGAAUUCACAAUUGGUGGAAAGCCAGCUACCGAAGCUAUGGGUAAUAUUUUGAAAGAUAUGAUCGAUAGAGGGUUUAUUUGUAAGUGAGCCUGUUCGGUUUCAAUUUCGUGUGUAGGAUUAGAGUAUAAGAUUAAGCAAAGAUUCAGCUCGUGUUAUAAAUAUUAAGAAAAAUUAAUUUUAUUGUUGAUGAGAUUGAGUUUUGGCGGGAGGGUCAUUCCACGUUAAUUCAACUGAGAAGUGGUAAGGAAGAUCGGCAAUUUUUUUGAAAUUUUUCUUGCGGAAAUACCUUCCCAACGGAUGCCCAAUGGUGCAAAUCCCAGCCCUCUAGCCCUUUUUUAAAGGCUGCUAGGGAGUGUCAAAGUUUUCAGUGAACUUGAAAUAUCAUCAAUUUCAGCAGUGGAUUACUCCAUAACCGCAAUUCCUACCAAAAAUUAGGGGUUUUGAAAGGCUUUUUGGUGAUAUCAUAAAAAUCAGGUUUGCCACCUUUUUUUUCGUACGAAAAAUUAGCUCGUUAAGUUUCAAAACUUAGUUUUCAUAUCGUUCUGACUCUCAAAAAUUCUGAAAAAAAUAUAUUAUGGACAACUUUUCAUGCUGAACAACAUAUUAAAAAAUUGGGAUGGUGUUAUUUCGUAACAACGAUUUAAAAAAUUGAAAGUUUGCGAAAAAAAUUCGAUUUUUUGAUUUAAAACAUGAAAACAAGUUUUUAUUGGUGAAGUUAGCCCGUUUGACCCUUAUUUUUACGUACCCGUUGAAAAAGUUGAAAACCCUCUUUCACAUUACAAAAAAAACCAAAAUUCUGAGUGAAUUGAAAAAAUAAACGAAUUCUAAUUUUUUUUCUAUGAGUGUAAUUUUUAUCAACUUUUUCAUGAAAUACGUCAGAAAGAGGUCAAAAUUAGAAAACUGAAUAAAUUUUAACUUUUUUUGAUGUUUGGAAUUGAAAAUUGAAUUUUUUCAGAUUUUUAUUUUUGUGUGAUAAGUUCUUUUCAUCGAGUGAAAAUGUUUUUUCAACUUUUCCAACGGAUACGUAAAAAUAGGGGUCAAAUGGGUCAACUUUACUAGUCAAAACUUUUUUUCAUGUUUCAAAUCAAAAAGUUACAUUUUUUCGCAAACUUCCAAUUUUUUAAAUGGACUUUACAAAAUAACACUACUUCAAUUUUUUAAUAUGAUGUUCAGCAUGAAAUGUUGUCCAUAAUAUACAUAUUUUAAUCAGAAUUUUUGAGAGUCAGAAUGAUAUGAAAACCGCGUAUUGAAACUUUUCGAGCUAAUUUUUCGUACGAAAAAAAAUGGCUACACUGAUUUUUAUGAUACCACUAAAAAGCCUUUCAAAACCCCUAACUAUUGGAAAAAGUUCCGGGAUUGGAGGGCUGCGAUUUGCGCCAUUGGUCAUCCCUUCGGAAAGUCUUUCCCCAGGAAAAUUUCAAAAAAAUCGCCGACUCCCCUUCACCUCUUCUUGGUCGAAUUGACGUAGAAUGACCCUCGAUAAAAAAGUUUUCAAAUUGGGAAAACUUCUAAAAAAUAACACAUAAAUUUAAAAAAUUGAGAAAAAAAUUCAAAUUUUUCAUUCUAAUUGCCUUUAAAAUGGUUAACUUAUUUAGUUUAUUCGAACGUAUUUUCAGUGUUGUUAUUGUUGUUGUUUUUUGUUUUUAAAAAUUAAGAUUACUGUAUGGUAAUUUAUUUUUAAAAUUUUGAAUCCUUUUCAUUAUUUUUAUCUAAUUUUUUUUUCAUUUUAUUCAUUCUCUACGUACCUAAAGCUAUUAUUAAAUAAAUCGAUUGUACUUAGAUAGAUACUAAAACGUAGAUACAUCAAUACCAGUCAAAAAUAUUAUAAAUAAAUAUCUUUUUUUAACUUCUUGCAUUCUGAGAUCAUACCUUUAAAGAAAGAGUAAAAUCGGCGCCGUGAUACUGCUGAUUACGCUGCUGCGUUGCCAUAUGUUACAACGUACUCGUAGACGCUUUUUCCUUUGGGUUUUCAAGAAAACUUUUACACAAGAAAGGUUUUGAUAACGAUAAUAAAUCAUAAGAAAAUCCGCCAGUUUCAUUUUCCAUAUAGUAGAUAUGGUUGAAUUUGAGAAAUAAAAAUAGUAAAUUGGAAGUUUUUAAGGGUGGAUUCAAAAAGGAAGGCGUAUCGAUUAUGGAAAAAAUUGUAUGUAGUACGUAUUUUCGAUUGAAGUUUACGAAACAUUGUUGCUUUUUCUGAGUUCUUAUCUAGAACACCCUGUGUAUGUAUGUACCUCCUACUUAUGAGUUGAUCUAUGGUAAAUACUAAAUAGGUAUAGAAUAAGGCUUUUGACGUAUUGCGGGUUGCAUAUCGGUUUGCCUGAACUUUAUCGGUUUGGUGGGCAUUCGUAUCAGUGAGUAUCAAAAUUUCAUAUUUUGAGCAAUUUUCACAAGGUGUUUUUGAAAUGUAUAGCUUUUAUUUAGUUUUUUCUUCAAUUUUAAACAAUGUUAAACCCUGUUAUGGAAAAAGAUCCUCUCAUCUUCGUCGAGUUUUGAAGAAGUUGAUAAACGUCUUUGAACCUCGACAAAGAGCGGAUCUUUUUCAAUCACAGAAUUUAACAGUGUUCAAAAUUGAAGGAAAAACUAAAUAAAAGCUAUAAAUUUCAAAAACACCUUGUGAAAAUUGCUCAAAAUAUGAAAUUUUGAUACUCACUGAUAAGAAUGCCCACCAAACCGAUAAAGUUCAGGCAAACCGAUAUGCAACCCGCAAUACGUCAAAAGCCUUAUAGUAAAGAAAUCGUCACAUUCCUCUCGUGUUUUAAAUAGGUAAAUUUAAAAAAAAACGUUAAAUCAUACGAUCGUAUUCGAUUAUGCGAUCAUAUGAUUUCUUAGAAUUUAGGUAACAAAUUUGCUCAUGGAUGGCAAACUUGGAGCGAUCACGCCACUUUUUAUAAAAACGCUGAAAUCAGCGCAUUAUGCCUGAACUGUCGUUGACUAUGUAAAUCGUUGGCGGACGUGACAGUGAUUAGGUAUAAUUGUCGAUAUUUUAUGCUAAGUAGACGUUCAUCUAUAUAUAUUAAAAGAAUCUUGUUUGUUUUCAAAUAAGUUCAGUUUCUGGUCGUGCGUCCUUUUAUGGUUCUUUUGUCGGUUAAGUACAUACUUUACUUAACUUAUGUAGGUAGGUAUAUUUUACAAUGUGUAACAACCAACUUGAUCAUUAGGAAUAAGAUGAAAAUAUUCAUUGUAAGAAUGUCAAUUGAUUUUUAAAUCCAUUACAAGAAUUUACAAGAAUUAUGUUAGUUGUUAUUAAUGUUUUUUUUUU